AUGGUCUCGCCAAUAGCUCCCCCUCUCCAGAAUUAUCUUCUCAGCCACUUCGACUAUCUAGACCGCAGUCUUUCACUCUGCGUUUUGAUCUCGCUUCUCGUCGGCGUGCCCACAGUUACUCGAUGGGUGCACACCACAACUCGGAUCAAUCCAACAGUUGGGACUUCAAUUUCAGAAGAUCAGUUAGAAUUUGCAAUAAAAUGUCUUCUAUUUGUCCGCAAAACGUGA